AUGAUAGCUUUAGUUGAUGAUUUAUUUUGUAAAGAACUUAUGAGGUCUGGAUGUGGUACUAGAAUAGUACUCAGCAUAUUUCUUAUUGUGUUAUCGAGUGCUACUAGCGUCAUUGAAGAUGAUGCAACUUCUGAGUUUCGUGGUUGUAUUAGAGUCCUUGCUGAUAAAGCCAUUGAUGGUGUAGAUAAUAUGCCGGAAGGAAUAUCCGCAUCGAGAUGGGAAGAGAUAGACACUAAGGCAUUAUCGGCACUUCAAUUAUGCCUUUCCAAUGAUGUUCUAAGAGAGAAUCUAUUAUCUUUGGGUACUCUUGAUAAAAUCGGGUGUAAAAUCACUUGUGAAGGUGGAGUUAUGAAGGUUGCCAAUGGCUCACUAGUGGUGAUGAAGGGGAAGUUGAAUGGUAGUUUGUAUGCUCUUGAAGUGGAGGUUGAAUCUUCCAAUGUUGAUGAUGAGAAAGAUGAUGAUAGGGUAGUUGCAAAGGGAUACUCUCAAAUUGAGGGUGUGGAUUUUCAUGAGGUUUUCUCACCGGUGGUGAAACACUCUUCUAUAAGGGCAUUGCUUGCUUUGGUGGCGAUGGAGGAUUUGGAAUUACAUCAAUUGGAUGUAAAGACGGCUUUUCUUCACGGUGAGCUUGAAGAAGAAAUAUUUAUGAAGCAACCGGAAGGUUUUGAGGUAGCCGGUAAGGAAAAUCAUGUGUGUAGAUUGAAGAGGUCAUUGUAUGGGUUGAAGCAAUCUCCAAGGCAAUGGUAUAAAAGGUUUGAUUCCUUUAUGAUUUCACAUGAUUUUAUUAGAAGUUCUUAUGAUAGUUGUGUCUAUUUUAAGAAGUUUGAAGAUGGUUCUUUAUUAUAUUUGCUCUUAUAUGUUGAUGACAUGCUAGCUACGAAUGCUUGCAAUAAUCACCUUCCUUUGGAAGCCACUUGCUUUUCAUUUGAAGUUGAUCAUGUCAACAAGCGUCUGAGGGGUGGUAUAAAGAUGGGUAGCAUGAUUGGGUCCUCCUCAGACAUGCGACAUGCACAUGUGUGGAGCCAUUUUCAAUCCGAAGAGAGUUCCUUUAGCUUCGCAUUAGUCAAAAUUGGAUUGGUUGCCAUCGACUUUGAACUAGCCGACCCCUCUGUGGUUGGCUGUGCCACACCAUAUGCAACCUCAGUUAAGUCGCCACUAUUGGCCACACCUAACUGA